AUGGCGAAUCAGCCACAGGAUGAUAGAACAUCAAAGCAGCAGGCCAUUGAUGAUUGGCUUCCUAUCACCUCUUCCAGGAAUGCAAAAUGGUGGUAUUCAGCAUUUCACAAUGUCACUGCCAUGGUUGGAGCAGGUGUCCUCAGCCUUCCUUAUGCAAUGGCGGAACUUGGAUGGGGUCCUGGUAUUGCCAUCCUAAUUUUAUCAUGGGUCAUCACCUUAUAUACGCUAUGGCAAAUGGUUGAAAUGCAUGAAAUGGUGCCUGGAAAGAGAUUUGAUAGGUACCAUGAACUGGGUCAAUAUGCAUUUGGUGAAAAGCUUGGGCUCUGGAUUGUGGUGCCCCAACAGCUUAUUGUAGAAGUUGGUGUCAACAUUGUGUACAUGGUCACCGGAGGAAAAUCACUGAAGAAAUUCCAUGACACCGUCUGCCCCAGCUGCACACCCAUCAGAUCUACAUACUUCAUCAUUAUCUUCGCUUCUGUCCACUUUGUUCUGUCUCAUCUCCCCAACUUCAACUCCAUUUCUGGAGUAUCACUCGCAGCAGCAGUCAUGUCUUUAAGUUACUCAACCAUAGCUUGGGCAGCUUCACUAAGAAAGGGGGUGAAGCCAGAUGUGGACUAUUCAUACAAGGCGACAACCAACACAGGAGUUGUCUUUGACUUCUUCAGUGGAUUGGGAGAGGUAGCUUUUGCAUAUGCAGGUCAUAAUGUGGUUUUGGAGAUCCAAGCAACAAUUCCCUCAACUCCUGAUAAUCCAUCAAAAGGACCAAUGUGGAAAGGAGUAGUUGUUGCAUAUAUUAUUGUAGCUUUAUGUUACUUUCCAGUCGCAAUUGUUGGUUACUAUAUUUUUGGAAACAGUGUCGAUGACAACAUCCUCAUCACAUUAGAGAAACCCACUUGGCUUAUUGCAAUGGCUAACGUUUUUGUUGUGAUCCAUGUCAUUGGCAGCUACCAGAUAUUUGCAAUGCCAGUGUUCGAUAUGCUUGAAACUUUCCUAGUGAAGAAGUUGCAUUUCAGACCUUCCUUUUUUCUUCGCUUUGUUACCAGAACUACAUAUGUUGCAUUUACAAUGGUAGUGGGUAUAUGUGUUCCUUUCUUUGGUUCCUUGCUUGGAUUCUUUGGAGGAUUUGCUUUCGCCCCAACAACAUAUUUUCUCCCCUGCAUCAUGUGGCUUGCCAUCCACAAACCAAAGAGAUUUAGCUUAUCUUGGAUCAUAAAUUGGAUCUGCAUAUUUUUAGGUGUUCUGUUGAUGAUUCUAUCACCCAUUGGUGGGCUAAGAUCGAUAAUUGUUUCUGCCACAAAAUUCGGAUUUUUCUCGUAAAUUGCUUUUGUGAGAUAGAAAAAAUGAAGCUGCCAUGCGUGGAUGAAGAUUAGGAGGAUUAUGUUGGCUUAU